AUGGCAUCUCUGAUGCCUAUUCUUCUUUACAUUGCAGUACUCAUUGCUGCUUGCUCUUCUUCUUCAUCUGAAGCGGCUGCCCCAGCCACUUCUUUCGAAGACAAUUUCGACAUAAUGUGGUCUGAGAACCAUUUUAAAACCUCUGCAGAUGGGGAGAUCUGGUAUCUUUCCCUGGACAAAGAAACAGGUUGCGGGUUUCAGACAAAACAGAAGUACAGAUUUGGAUGGUUCAGCAUGAAGCUCAAGUUGGUUGGAGGUGACUCUGCUGGUGUAGUGACAGCUUAUUAUAUGUGCACAGAAAAUGGAGCAGGGCCAGAGAGGGAUGAGUUAGAUUUUGAGUUCUUGGGAAAUAGGAGCGGGCAACCUUAUCUCAUUCAGACAAAUGUUUACAAGAAUGGAACUGGAGGCCGUGAGAUGAGGCACAUGCUUUGGUUCGACCCCACCGAGGACUUUCAUACCUAUUCAAUUCUUUGGAACAAUCAUCAGAUUGUGUUUUUUGUGGACAAAGUUCCCAUAAGGGUGUUCAAGAACAAUGGGGAAGCAAACAACUUCUUCCCCAAUGAGAAGCCAAUGUACUUGUUCUCCAGCAUAUGGAAUGCAGAUGAGUGGGCAACCAGAGGUGGGCUUGAGAAGACAGACUGGAAGAAAGCCCCAUUUGUGUCCUCUUACAGAGACUUCAAUGUUGAUGGGUGCCAAUGGGAAGACCCUUACCCUGCAUGCGUCUCCACCACAACAAAGAAUUGGUGGGACCAAUAUGAUGCUUGGCACCUCUCUGAUGCUCAGAAAAUGGACUAUGCUUGGAUACAGAGAAAUCUCGUUAUUUAUGAUUAUUGCAAGGAUUCUGAACGCUACCCAACUUUGCCAGUGGAGUGCCCAUUGAGUCCAUGGGAAUGA